CCCGGCUGGGCAGGGCCGAGAGUCCAGCAGCUGCUGGUUGGGGCUUCAGUGACUUCCUUGUUGUGAGCCCCGGCCCGGCAGUGUCCGGAAUCGUAGCCCCGCUCUGCUUACCGGCACCGCCGGCCGGAGUCUAGGUCGCAGCCGCAACCCCAGCCCGUCGGUUACCCUUUCAUUUCAGGUCCUUCCCCCGCACGCCCCGCGCUCCCUACAAUGCCCAACCCCGGCAGUACCUCCUCUCCCUAUUCCCUCCCCGAGGAAAUUAAGAACCUGUUGGCAGAUGUUGAAACGUUUGUGGCAGACAUACUGAGAGGGGAAAAUUUAUCCAAGAAAGCAAAGGAAAAAAGAGAAUCUCUUAUUAAGAAGAUAAAAGAUGUAAAGUCUACCUAUCUUCAGGAAUUUCAAGACAAAGGUGAGGCAGAAGAUGGGGAAGAAUAUGAUGAUCCUUUUUCUGGGCCUCCAGACACUGUUUCACUAGCCUCAGACAAAUAUGACAAAGAUGACGAAGCCCCCUCGGACGGAAACCAGUUUCCGCCGAUUGCAGCACAAGACCUGCCUUUCGUCUUAAAGGCCGGCUACCUGGAGAAACGCAGGAAAGAUCACAGCUUCCUGGGGUUCGAAUGGCAAAAGCGGUGGUGCGCGCUCAGUAAAGGAGUCUUCUACUAUUACGGAAGUGACAAAGACAAACAGCAGAAAGGUGAAUUUGCGAUAGAUGGCUACAGUGUCAGGAUGAAUAGCACUCUCAGGAAGGAUGCAAAGAAGGACUGCUGUUUUGAAAUCUCUGCUCCUGACAAACGUGUCUAUCAGUUCACAGCAGCCUCUCCCAAAGAUGCCGAAGAAUGGGUACAGCAGCUGAAAUUUGUAUUACAAGAUAUGGGAUCUGAUAUUAUCCCUGAGGAGGAGGAUGAAAGAGAAGAGUUAUAUGAUGAUGUGGAUCAUCCUCUACCAACGAGCAGCUCACCAGCCAGCACUCAACCGAUUGAUGAUGAAAUUUAUGAAGAACUUCCAGAGGAGGAAGAGGACAGCGCGCCCGGGAAAGUGGAGGAACAAAGGAAGAUGAGUCAGGACAGUGCUCACCACGGCACAGGGGAUAAAAGCACUGACUACGCCAACUUUUACCAGGGCUUGUGGGACUGCACAGGUGCUGUUUCCGAUGAGUUAUCAUUUAAACGUGGUGAUGUGAUUUACAUUCUUAGCAAGGAAUACAAUAGAUAUGGCUGGUGGGUAGGAGAAAUGAAAGGAGCCAUUGGCUUGGUGCCGAAAGCCUACAUAAUGGAGAUGUAUGAUAUUUGAGAGUCCUGGGAGAGGAAGGUUCUGCUACUGCAAAUGCUUUGGAUUCAGACCCCGUGCAAGCCGGAGCGACAGCUCGUAACCUUCCCUUGUUUCAUUGAGCAUCGUGCCUCUUCGUUAUUUUACCCUUUCAUUGUAACAGCCCUCUGAUAUGAGACUAAAUGAAGGAUACUAAUGCAAAUUAGAUACAAGCAGGAAAGUUAUACCUGUUGCUACUUUGCAAAGAAAUCAUUGUAGUUUUUACUUCCUCAUUUGAUUUGUGUGGAGAAUUCAGCACUAUUUUAUGUUCUGCAUAGUCACUGCUACUUCUGAUAUAAGUUGCAAUAUCAAUAUUGGACACCAGUUAUUUUUCUGGACUGUACUAUAUAAUUUCAUUGAAAUUUAAACUGAAUAUGUUAUGCAAGUUUUGGAUAGAUGCUACAUAAAGAAUAAGGCUUUAUUAAAACUUUUAGAUGAUUUA